AUGGACGGCGGCGUGUUGAGUAAAGCCGGAGCCAUGGCGGCAAUCGCGGAGAGCGAGGUGUUCGAGUCGGGCGACGAGGACGAGGAGAGCCGAGUGCUCUGGCAGAUCAUGAUGAUCGAGGAAGCGGCUCGAGAGGCGGCCGCGCGGCAGCCGGCGGAGGUCGCGGUGGCGGAGGUCGCAGUGGCGGAGGUCGCGGUGGCGGAGACCGCGACAGAGGAGUCCGCGAAAGAGGAAAGCGCAGAGUCGAGCGCGGAGGCGGAGAGCGCGGAAACUAAGAGCGCAGAGGCGGAGAACGCGGAGGCGGAAAGCGCGGAGGCGGAGCGCGUGGUGGUGGGGGGCGCGGAGGCGGAGAGCGCGGUGGCGGAAAGUGCUGUAGUCGUCACCCCAACAGCCACUGCCAUUGUUAGCGACACCAGCGCCACCGCCAUCGCCCCUGCUCCGAGCGCUGAAACCGCUGAAAGCUUGAACGCCCCGAGCAGCAGCAGCAAUGGCGGCGGUGUCGGCGGCGGCAUUCGUAAGAGCACAAGCGCAAGCGGGCUUUUCUCCCUCGAAUCCGCAACAGGCACAACUCCUAACAGCGACACCGUGACGCCCGUCAGCACCAGCACCGGCGCUGCUCCGCAUAAAGAUGCAGCGCGCGCGGCGAACAGCGGCGGAACCAUAAGCAAAAGCACGAGCACCGGCGCCCUCUCCUCCCUCAUUUCCGCGCGCUCCUUCCGCAUCCGCGGAAAAUCCUCAGGCGGAGGGUUGCCCUUCCUCCCCGCGCUCACUGUCCCCGAGUCGGACCCCGCCGCCUCCGCUGAUCACGGCCCGCUCUCCUGCUCUGCCCUCCCCUCCGCAGCCCCGACUGCCCCCAGCGGGGGCAUCGCCCCCCCGCUCACGCCCUCCCGUCGCUUCUCAAAAUGGUUCUCGUUUAAAGCGGCGGAUAAGGCGCAGGCUUCUAGCGGGGAUAACAAUGCGACUGCUGCCAAGUCUUCCGCGCAGUUUCUGUCAGGGAAGCCUACGAUUGGCGGAUUUGGCUCCGCAGCUGUCUCUGACUCGAGUGAGGUUGUUUCUCUGGGUGCGGCCGAACCCAUUGCGGAGUGCGAGAGCGAGGAGGGGAGGGGAAGCGCGGAAGGGCGGAGCGCGGCUGAAGAGACGGACGCCCAGGCGGCGACGAGCAAGCCCAAAGACUCAUCCGGCGCGUUUGGGUUGGUUUCGCCAAAGUCCAAGGCUCCCACACAUUCCCCCCUUUUCCCUCCCCCCUCCCCCCUCCCCCAUAUGGCGCCGGCGAAACCCACCAAGGCGCAAAUAAAAGCGGAGCUUCAGAAAAUGGCGAACGCCAUUACUAAGAAGUUUCCGCAAUACGCGAAAUACGCCAAGGACAUCAACAAGUACAUCGGCCUCGCACUGAACUCCAAGUACGAUUUCACAGCACUCAGCGACGCAACCCUGCUCCUCCCCAGCGACACAGAGGCGGAGGCUCUCGCUAAGAAGGUCCCCGUUAACAAAGCCAACAUCCCCAGAAUCUACAACAUCACGGCGUACCACAUCAUCCGCAAGAAGUACACCGUUCCCGCGCUCAAGGUGCUCAAGAAGUCGCAGCCGAUCGGCACGCAGCUGAAGCAGGCGAUGUACAAGGUUUCGCAGCAGAAUGGUAACACGGUUUCUUUCGCCAAGACGCCCAACGCGCCCCCUGCCGCCUGGACCACGAUCAAGAUCGUCAGGCUGUACGCUGGGCCGUACUUCAUCGCUCACGGUGUGGAUAAAGUCCUGGUUCCCACGAACACCAAGGUGUAA